CCGGGCUGCAGGGUUUGAGAGCCGGGCACUGGGCCCCCCUCUGCAGGUCUAGGGUCUGUCCCAGCCCAACGCUCCAGCCAUGGGCACAGACCUGCUGCCACACCAUGAUGCUGGGGAAAGGGAGCUCCUGACUCAGGGCCCCUUCUGGAGAGCAGGGGGUCCUGCCACGCUGAGGGUCCUGAUCCUCGCCCUGCUCUGGACGGGGUCCCUGUCCCAGCCACAUGGAUUUACCCUGAUGGUGCCGCAGUCGGUGUCGGUGCAGGAGGGUCUCUGCAUUCUCGUCCCCUGCACCUUCACGUACCCAGCCUCCUACGACACCGACAAUCCCUCGGCCCAGCUCUACGGAGCCUGGUACAAGGAGCCUGCUACUGUGGACCAGGAUCCUCCCGUGGUCAGUAGUGUCACCAGCCUGGGAGUGUCGCAGGAGACCCAGGGCCGGUUCCGGCUGACGGGGGAUCCAGUGCACGGCGACUGCUCCCUGCAAAUCAUUGAUGCCCGACGGACGGAUGCAGGGAGAUAUUUCUUUAGCUUCGAGAAAGGCAUGUCUGAACACACUUACCGCUCCAAUUCCAAUGGCACUGACCCUGUGCUCACAAUCUCCGUGCCAGGUAAGAGCAGCUGCAGUCACCGCUUGUGAGAGUUUCCCCCCAAUCUGAGCACUGGGGUACAGAUGUGAGGACCUGCCUGAAAGACCCCUUAAGCUUAUAUUCUACCAGCUUAGGUUAAA